GUACGAACUACAUUAACUGAUUACCUUUGGAAAAGUCUUCUGUACAAAGAAAAAACCAAACUGCAAUGCAUGCCCAAUGAGAGUGGAAUGCGAGCACUUUAAAAGUGAAUCGGCAAGGAAUACCCUGACAGGACUGCAAGAGAAAAGAACAUCAUGUUCCAACAGUCUCAUUACAUCUGUGGAAAGCAAGGUUGACUGCGAACAAACAUGUGAGAGAGAUAAUGAAGAUUUGGUGGUUGACACAUCAAAAGCUAUUGGUAAAACACAGAAAGCUGCUUCAGUUUCCGCACUUGGGAAAAGGAGGACAGAGCACGUUGUCUACGAGCUUCUGAAUUCACACCCUGUUCUGGUAAGGCAAGACAGCAAAGAACCUGAUUGCACGUAUCCAUACCUACUUGCUAUAUGGACAACAGGUGCAACCUCUAAUAGAAGUAUGAUUUUAAUACCUCCAAAAAAAUCCUUUAUAAUCCACUGAGUCCACUAAAUGUAAGUUGAUCACUAAUGAGAACUUGUACCAUAUCCAUAUCAGUGCUUGACUGCUCGUUAUGAUCUGGAAUAUCAUCAGUGCAAGAAUGAUAAUCAUUGCAAUUUUUAAAACCAGCAUCUUUGGAAUCAACGAUGGGAAAGAUGAAGUGUGGCCUUAAUGUGUUCCUUAUAUUUUGAG